AUGGCAGGGAUCAUUGAAACUCCCUUGGAUAAUAAAACAACCCUCAAAGUCCCCGGUCUCCAUGAUAUCCCCAUCAAUGUGUUACUCUCCCACGAUCAAUUUGCCACAGGGGUAAAUGACUGUUACCGCCCAUGGCGGGAAGACGCCGUUGGAUCGUCGUCGCUGAUCAAUGACAAAACGUGGGACUGGUGCUUGCAAGAGUUGCAAGACAAGGCUCGACAGUUUGACCGAGACGGCCGCUUGGUCGUCUUCAACACGAGCAGCGGUGUUUGUAAAUCCGAUGCGGCAAUAUCUUCCAAUCUGAAGUCACAGCUGCCAAAUUUUGUCGACCUGUUAUCUCAUCAAGCCAUUCGGCAGAAGCCAGCCUCAGCUGUGGUAAACCUCGUCGACCCAUCUUUGUUUCCUCUUGUCUAUGGGAGAACGAAAAUCCUGGGCGGAGGACAAUCGUGUGGAAUGGACGAGAAUUCCUGGUCGUCACGUAGUAGAGAGUGCCUGCUCGUUUCGGAACGCCCGCAACUGGCAAAGGAGGGCUCAUCCUGGAUAUGGGACAGCGGCCGGUACAUUUGGUCCUCGAAAUUUCAGUGGCUGCCGUGUGAAGUGGAAUUCACUGGUCCUCCUGGGUCUGCGGAUGUUCGAAUUUCGUCUUAUAUCAACAAUUUGCAUCCGACGAACCGCGAGAUGUACUCCGCAAUCGAGGCCGUGAUCUCCGGCAGUAUCAAGCAAUGGAACGAGAUUUUGGUGCGUAAUAAGUGGAGGAAAGCCAUUAACCUUUUCUACGGGAAUUGCGUCUCCUGGCCUCGUGGGCCCAUACGAAUCCGCACUUACGGAGUCGAGUGGAAAGCCCAAUUUCCUAAAUGGGCGAAAAAACUACCCGAUAAGGAAGACGAGGGUAAACUCUCUACGGAGGAAUACGAAGCCAUGUGUGCUCAAGUGGAGGCGUACCUUCAGGAACCUGAAUCUAGGGAUAAGGUAUACUGGGAUCAGAUCCGAACGCAAAGGAUCCCGGAGGAUUGGAAGGCCCGUUGGGGGUUGCUUCGCACGGCUUUGACCAAGUAUGGAUGCACAUUUGUCUUUGAGCACUCGGACCCAGGAACUGCGUACUCGUACGAGGACUGGAAAGUAGGGAGGACCGGAAAAUCAAUUGUUGGUCCAGCGCACUUCGAUUACGUUUGCAGUCCGGAUUAUGAACUGUCCAAAUUCUUUGAAGCAAACCCUUGGUUGACACCCUACGAAUGGAUGUAUAAACCAAAGGAAGAGGACCCUGACGAUCACCAGUUCUACACGCUUGCAUUGCAGGAUGAGUUUCGAGACCGGGGUCUCCAGACUGUCGUCCGGAUUCACAGCAUCGAGCUAGACCCUGAGACGCCAUCCUUCCCCGGCGAGGAGUGGCACACCGAAGGAAAUGCAAACGAACGUAUAGUCGCCAACGCCAUCUACGCGCUCGAUUCGGAAAACAUGUCUGAGCCGCAAAUCAGCUUCCGGCAGAGGUGUACAGGAGGGGGCCGUACCUGGGUCUACGACCGAAUCGGCGCCGACGAUUCGGACAACGAGGAAGUGCUGCAGAUGAGAUCGAUGACCUAA